CUUUAGCAAACAGUUCUACGAUAUCCAACCAAUGACGUUAUGCUUGAAUUUUCUCCCUUCUUUUAACAUUUAUAAGAGAUUUAAAUUUCUCAUUCGCCAAUGAAAUUCAGUUCACAUUCUUGAACAUUUUGCACAAAACGGGCUAAAUAAUUAGAUAAAAAAUUGUUGAUUACAUAAUUUUUAGGGAUUUAAUUGAAUGUUUAUUACAAUGAGAGUGUGGGGUGCAUUCGUAAUUUGUUGUGCAUUAUGUACUGUGAAAUUUGGAUACGCUAAGAAGGGCUUCAUCUUCACUUCUCCGAAGGUUCUCGACUCAGGCAGCACGGAAUAUUUCACACUGUCCGUAUUCGAAGUACCGUCUGAUGAAGAAAUCACAAUACAUUUACUGGAAAAUGAUGACAGGGGUAUAUUGGCUGAAAGCAAGGUGCCUGUCAUACCUAAUCACGACAUGAGGGUGGAGAUGUUUGUGCCACCGAUACUAAGUGCUAAACGUGGAAAAUUACAUAUUUUUGGAACAUUUAGUGAUGGUUACAAAAUAAAUGAGAAAAAAAUUGUGAGCAUACGUCCCAAGUCAGACUUUACAUUGAUUCAGACAGAUAAACCGUUGUAUAAGCCUGGACAGAUAGUGCGAUUUCGGGUUCUACCUAUGGAUGGCGAGCUCAAGCCUUUGGGUAAAAAUGCG